GGCCACACUGUUUUCAACGGGACUCAACUUACCGGACUCGCCAUGGUCGCUUGACCCGGGCAGAAAUAACCCUCUUCCGUUAUAAUUAGUUCGAAACACUUUUCACAAACUUUUUCCAGACAAACUUUCUUCCUUCGGUUGGGUUUUAUGUCAAGAAAUAAGGAUGCAGCCCCCGCCGAGAAAGGUCCGGGUCACCCAGGAGCUGAAACACACUCACGCAGAGCAGAUGAGCAGAUUACAAAUCAAACACCAGACCGAGUGUGACCUCCUGGAGGACCUGAGGACUUUUAGCCAAAAGAGGGCGGCGGUGGAGAGGGACUACGCCCAGGCAAUCCAGAAGUUGGCAAAUCAGUAUCUCAAGAGGGACUGGCCGGAGAGUCUGAUCGGGGAUCAAGCAGACCACAGCAACAUGUACUGGGUGUGGAGGGCCUACCUGGAAGGCACGGUUCAGGUCACGCAGUCCAGAAUCAGCGCCUGUGACAGCUACAAAGUCCAGGUCGCCGAUCCGGCCAAGACGGGGCGCCUGCAGAAGGAGCAGCAGCUGAGGAAGUGCAUCGAACAGCUGACGGCGGUGCAGGCCGAGCUGCAGGAGUCUGUGAAGGAGCUGACGAAGAGCAGGAAGAAGUACCAGGAGGCGGAGAGCAUGGCUCAGGCCGUCAGAGAGAAGGCCGAGCAGGACGCAAAGUCCAAGCUGAGUCUCUUCCAGUCCAGAUCCAGUCUUCAGAGGGCGAGUGUGAAGCUGAAAGCCAAGAGGAGCGAGUGUAACUCCAAAGCCACGCACGCCAGGAACGACUACCUUCUGAUGCUGGCGGCCGCUAACGCCCACCAGCAGCGCUACUACCACACAGACCUCAUGGACUGCAUCAAGGUCUUGGAUGGAAGGAUCUACGAGCAGGUGAAGGAUUACCUGGUCUCGUUGUGUCAGACUGAGCUGGAGGGUUACCGGGCGGUGCACGACACCUUCAGCCAGCUCCUCAACCGCUCCAAAGGGGUUCUGCAGGAGUUCCACCAGCAGCAGUUUGUAGAGAAGAACCCGUUGUUCCAGGCGGCGCCGGACUUCCUCUUCCAGCCCGUCGACUCCGACACUGUGACGCAGCUGCAGAAGGAGAGCGGCACGUCGGAGGAGCACAGCCUGGACAAGGAGGCGAGGAAGUGGGCGAGCCGCGUGGCCCGAGAAUACAAGAGCGCCAUCCACACGCAGCGGGCUCUGGAGGGGUACGGGACGCAGGAGUCAUCGGAGCAGAACAACUGCGAGCUGGAGACCAAGAUGGAGGUGGCCAGGCAGAGUCUUCGGAGGGCAGAGACGGUCAAAGUGAAGGCAGAGGCCCGUCUGGACCUGCUGAGGCAGGCCGGCGUCGCCGUGGAAACGUGGCUGAAGAGCGCGAUGAACCAGGUGAUGGAGGAGCUGGAGAACGAACGCUGGAACAACCUGGGUACCCAUGAUCCUUCGCUCUCUGGGACAGCGGACCUGGAGCGAGAGGAUGAGGAGGAGAUGGAGGACAGCGGGGAAGUGUUGGACGACAGCAGCUCCAGCCCCUCCAGUACUUUGAAGAACUACCCCCUCACCUGCAAAGUGCUGUACUCCUACAAGAGUUCUCAGCCGGACGAACUGACCAUCGAGGAGCAGGAGAUCCUGGAGGUCAUCGACGAUGGAGACAUGGAGGACUGGGUCAAGGCCCGCAACCGCAGCGGGCAGGUGGGCUACGUCCCAGAGAAAUACCUGCAGCUCCCCUCCUCCAACAGCCUGCUCAGCAUGCUGCAGGCCCUCGCCGCGCUGGACGCCCGCUCACAUUCCUCCAGCAACUCCACGGAGCCGGAGACCGACCUGCCGAGCGGCUCGGCGAACGGAGACGCCAGCGUGUCAUUCGCCAAGGCCCUGUACGACUACGCGGGACAGACGGACGACGAGCUGUCGUUUCGCGUGGACGCCAUUAUCCGCAUCCUGAGCCGAGAGACGCACGAGGACGACGGCUUCUGGAAGGGGGAGUUCAACGGCGCUGUGGGGGUUUUCCCCGCCGUCCUGGUGGAGGUCCUCGCCGGUGAGAACGGAGACGGACGCUCGCAGGCGUCCCCCUCCCCUCUGGCUCAGUGCGACCGGUCCCCCCGCAGCCCCCUGCAGCCGGGCCCCCUCCACAGCAGCCCCCUGCAGACGCCCACCGUGUCCUCCCCGCUGUCCAGUCCCUGCAGCGCCACGGCGUCUCCCAUUGGCCGACCGCCCUCCUAUCACAAUGGACACCACAGGCCCCCGCCGGCGCCGCACAAGAGCCCCUUUCAGAGUCCAGUCCAAGGCUCCGCCCAUCCGCCCAAAUACCCAGAGAGCAGCUCCGGCACCAUUCGACCGGUCCGUGCUGCUCCUCCGCCUCCGAAGCAGCAUCCCCGCGGGCAGGUGAAGCGGAGGGAGGAGGUGGAGAUCACGCUGGUGUGAGGUCUCUGAUCUCUCCCAAAGGAAACCAGAGGAGCCUUCGACGCCCCGAAGACGCCUGCAGGCCCGUCAGCCUCCGAGUGCUGUGGAGGAACAAUCUGUCUAAACUCCCAGUUUCUACCUGGACAAGAACUCUCCUUCACACCUGACAAACACAUCAUCUGUUACUAUCUUCAGAUAUUGGUGUUCAAAUCCCGAUGGAUGUCUCACAGCAGCUGAUGACCCGGUGAUUCCACGAUCCAGCGAAAGCUGGUCCUUUCCGUCGCUGUGAGGAAGUGAAUCCACACGCAGUUACUGAUUCAUUCAUGGAUCCACAAAAGGGAUUUUACAAGAGACGACGUGUUUGUAUGAAAGAAAACUGUUGGCUUCACCAACAGAUCAGGAAUUUAACAUUUGGUCAAACUAAGAAAAGGAAUAUUGUCGUGGAAUGUUGAUGCGGCAUAAAUUCAUAAAUCUACGGCAGAACCCGGAAGGAAAAAGUAAUAAAUAAUCCUGACAGUUCAAAUAGGUGCUCUUCACACAACGUGUGGAUGGAUGACACGGACGCUUACGUCUCGCUUCUUCAACGCAGCGACUCAAACCCUCGUUGGGCAGCCGCACAGAACCAGAAGCGUGUUGUUUCCUCCACACGGCCCAUCAGAACCUAAACAAGCAGCGCCAGCAGGGAGGCGGGUCCUCUCCUCUACACUAACAAGGGAAAAGUGGCAAUUUUAACAGAGUGAUUGUUUUGUCAGUAGGGAGGAGCUCCUAGAAGAGUUCCCAUUGAAUAAUGAUUCCAUUAUGAAACCGUGCUUCUUAUGUUAGUUUUCUUUGCACCGAAUGCGCAGAGAAGCUUAAAGGGAGAAUCGUAGCGCCUACGUAUGUAGACUAACUUUUUCUCUCAUGUUGUAAAAUAUAAAUCUAGAAAUGUUAUUAUGACGCUAAAGUCAUGUGAUGGAGGCCCAUUUCCGUUAAUGUGAUUCAACAAAAAAAACAAGAAUCCUUAAAAUGAGAAACUGAACAAAAUAAGGAGAAGGUUUCUCAGUUAUUAAAGUCAAAAUAAGAAGUUUUGUCAAUAUUGACACGGUACCUCAGAAUGCUUAGAAACCUUCUUCUUCGUUAUCACUCAUGAUGUCAAGAGAGAAUGUUGUGACCGUUGAAUCAGGAAGUUUUGUUCUGGCGGUUCUGGGCUUCCAUCUCAGCCGGUGGAGGCUGCUGGUGUUUGUUGAGGAGAAGGUUGCAGUUGGUGACAGUUUACAUUGAAGUAACUCACAGUUUAAACAUGCCUUUUAUUUUGAGAAGGAAAACAUCCUGAGCUGCUAGCUGUCAAAUAAAAAAAAUCUAUACUGUCAUAGUGAAGCACUUUUUGAUGUGUUAUUAUUCCUUUUCAGUAUUGUGAAUACGUCUGUUCAAUUUUUCCUGUUUACCAGCUAUAUUGGUAUAAAUUAUUUUCUUUUAUUGGCUCUUGCGUUAUUUAGCCUUAAAUAGCCGUGGUAGUGUCUUUGAUUAAGAUUGAAAAUUACCUUUUGAUCGUAUUGUUUUUGAGAUAUUGAUAGUUUACAGAGAGCUUGGAGAUGGAUAUCUGUACAAAUAAUAGCACAGCUUUUUUUUCCUUUGUCUUUUUAGAAUUAGAAUUAAAAACCAACAGCCAGUUAACUCUUUAGUAGAAUUCGAUCAGAGGAAAGGGAGAUAUCCGUCAGCCACGUUGCUGUGUUCUCGUUGAUCUCCUUGAGAUCUGAAUCACAUCAAACUUAUUUUUGAAGUUUGCAUUUAACCUGUUGUAUUGAAAACAAAGUCAUCUGACUGUGUGUGUCCCCCCCCCCCCCCCCAGAGAAGUUUGUUACUCCUUGUUAAGACAAACUGCCCACAUUUCACAAACGAAAGCUCUGCAGAGGCUGCUCAGCGUCAUAUCUACACACCAGUGGAUGUUUAACUGUAUUUAUUGUGUACAAAUAAAUGUGAAAUAAAGAUAGCUAA